UAGUUGAUGAGCUGUUAGACACGUGGAUGGAUGGGGGGCUGUAUCGUGGCUCUGAAAUGGAAAUUUGAGAAAUGGGACCUGAACAAUCCAGCAUGUUUUUUUUUUUUUUUAAUUGAUCGAUCCAUCCGUGCAUUUAUUUCCUAACAUGACCUGGAAUACUUCAUGGCAACCUUCACGUGCACAUCAUCACAUUUUUUAUUUAUUUUUAUUUUUUAAUUUAAUUGUUCAUUAAACAUUUUGGGACUCUCUUCAUUUGCCAUAGUGAUCCAGUAAUUGGUGUGUAUGCAUAUAAAAAAAAAAAGGACGUGAUGCAUGGUGGUAGAUAGGAUGCCACAGGUGGUUUGGUUUUUUUUUAAUGUUUGAGCAACUUGAGUUUCCUUUUCUUGGAGAGAGAGAGAGAGAGAGAGAGAGAGAGAGAGAUGAGAUGAGAUGAGAUGCUUGAAUCAGCCUCGAUCCCCUUGGAGACUCCGACAGGAGCGCAACACGUGAUGAGAGAGAGACACCGAGCGAGAGAAGAGAGAGAGAGAGCUGAAGAGGACGCACCAAGAGAGAAGUGAAGUGAAGAGACGAGACGUGAGGAGAGGAGCAGGGGGGGAGAAAAACAAAACGAUCCAAAGUGCGGUUUCCUCUCCUCCCACACCGACACAUCUCACUCUCCACGUGUCGGGGGGAUUCAGGAGAAGACCCGGACAGAAAAUACGGACUUUGCGAACUUUUUUGUACAUCCUCGGGAAACGCCAUUUUGAUUCCUCUCCGGAACAGCUUUGCUUCUUUUACCCCCCCCUCCCUCUCUCUCUCUUUCUCUCUCUCUCUUCCUUCCCUUCCUUCCCUCUUCUCUCUAUCUGAUUCUCUCUUAACCCAUCAUCACUCUCUCACUCAUCCUCAUCCUCAUCAUCAUGUCUCGGCGAAAGCAGCCAAACCCCAACAAAGUCAAGCUGUGAGCCGUGGGCGCUGACGCUCGAGGUGCACGGUGGUCCCUCUCCACAGCCUCAUUCGAGGACUGUGAUGGAUAGUUCAGCAGAGGAGAAGAAGAUGGGGGAAGAGGUCAGCUCUGCUAUCGCCACUAUGGAGGACGAGCAGAUGGAGGAGACAGAUAAACACGCAGAGAGUCCGAGAAAGACUGCAGCGAGUGUAGCAGACGCACAGAUUCGAGUGGAGGCAGGGAAAGAGGGAGCGGUUGGAGCAGACCUGUCGUCCAUCACUUCGAUGAUGAGCACUGUGAUGAAAGCAGCUCAGUUGAACGGAGGGGUGGAGGUUCCUAACAAAACUCCAACCAAGGCUUCCAGUAAGAGCCCCAGCGCCACUCGGUACGCCAGGAAGAGUCAGGAUGCCAAGGAUGACUCAGGACCUCUCAUCUGUCCACUGUGUGACAAAAAUUGUCAAACUCAGCACCAGCUUACAAUGCAUAUUCGCCAGCAUAACACUGAUACUGGAACUGCAGAUCACUCAUGCAGUAUCUGUGGAAAGUGCCUGAGUUCAGCCAGCUCUUUGGACCGCCACAUGUUGGUACACAGUGGUGAAAGGCCAUACAAAUGCUCUGUGUGCAACCAGACCUUCACCACCAAUGGCAACAUGCACAGGCACAUGAAGAUCCAUGAUAAAGAUCCUUCCCUUUCCAGUCCCACCAGCCCUCCAGCUUCCGGUAAACGGAAACGCCCCUCUGCUGUUAUUUCAAAGAAGAAACCCAGCCAGAAUGAACAUGGAGAACAAUCUAAUGAACCAUCCAAUAAAAGGCUGCUUUUAAAAGGUGGUGGAGUGGAUGAUCAGACAGUGAGCAAGGGGCAGGAGGGGCAACUGCCAUGCCCCAUCUGCUUUAAAACCUUUAGCUCCAAAAAUGACCUGGAAACACAUAUGGAAACCCAUCCAGACACUGCACUCAGGUGUGAGCACUGUUGCAUCUCAUUUCGGACACAUCGAGGUUUGCUUCGUCACAAUGCAGCCAUCCAUAAAAAGCUGCCGACUGACCCCAGUGGACGUCCGUUCAUUCAGAACAAUCCCUCCAUACCCCAAGGCUUCAAUGAUCUGGUUUUCAUUGACUUCUCCUGCCACAAAUUCCCUCACAUUGCCCAGGUUUGGUGUGAAACCAAUCUACGGCGCAGCACUAGCAAGCUUCAUUGCUUUGUGUGUGAGACCUGUGACAAAGCUUUCCCUUUAAGUGUGGCAUUAGACUUGCACAAGUCCACACAUGACAAAUCUGAAAACAAGGAAAAGUCUAGUUCCUCCAAGCCUUCCAGUUCAGAGGCCCCUGUUUCUGAGAAAAGUAGCUUCAUGAGCUCACUGGGUUUGCAACACAUUUCUCAGGUCAAACCUGUACCCUCAGAGGAGGAUGCCUUGCAAGCAAAGUUAGACAGCAUCCGUGUAAUCCACGUGGAGCCAUCACUGGUCCAAAACGAGUCAAGCUUUCUAAGUGGGAUUAGCCUGUCUCUGGUGGAUCCAUCGUCUCUUCGGGGUCUGUCCCAAAACGAUGCCCUCAAACUCCUUUCCUUACAGCCAUUUGAGACCGGUUUUCUUGUCCAGCCAGAUGGUGGAAUGGUAGUAAAGCCAGUUAAUGGUGAGACUGGAAUGGAGCUGGCUGACAUACAGCAGAUCCUCAAAGUGGCCUCUGCUGCACCAAACCAGAUCAGCCUCCCUCCCUUGUCAAAGGCACCAUGCAGUGCAGUGCAGUCAAACUACAAGCAGAUGCCUCCACUCAAGCCAAAGCCUUUAGUGGCUCCCAGGACCAACAUGACAACCUCCACACCUCCCCCCCUUUUAAGCACCCAGCAGGCAUCACUUGGUUGCAUCAGCCCAAGUCUACCACCACCUGCUGGCCAGUUUGCAAAGGCUGCUAAGGAAAUGUCUCCAUCCUCAUCUUCAUCUUCUACUUGCAAUCAAGCUUCUAUUGAAAAAAUGGAAAUGGAAGCUGAUUACAUGGGUGAUGCCCACACUCCUAUGGACACAGAUGAUCAACAAAUAAAGCAGGCAGAAGACAAACUAAGGGAACCACCGGUAAAGAAGGGAGCAAGUCGCAAAGGGUCAUACCCCUGUCGUUUUUGUGACCAGGUAUUUGCCUAUUCAGGGGUAUUACAAGCACACAUGCGUUAUCAUCUUGGUAUCUUGCCCCAUCAGUGUAACAUCUGUGACUAUGUUGCUCCUGACAAAGCCACACUGAUUCGUCAUCUACGCACUCACAGUGGUGAGCGACCAUACGUCUGUCGAGUCUGCCAUUACCCAUUCACUGUUAAAGCUAACUGUGAGCGCCACCUUCGCAAGAAACACAUGAAGAACACUCGUAAGGAAAUUGAGAAAAAUAUCAAGUAUGUCACCUCUUCCACAUUGAUGCCCGAUACAUUAGAACAAAAUGGCUUAGGUGACACUACUUGUUGUUUAUGUGGCGAGGACCUUAAGACCUCCCGAGCCCUACAAAUCCACAUGCGUGUACACAAUGGCUUCCAGAGAAAGCCAUUCGAGUGUAAAUGUUGUGGAGCAACCUUUCUGGCAAAACGUAAUUGUAUCCAUCAUCUACUGAAACAGCACCCUGAGAUUAAAGAGCAGGACAUAGAACAGCAUAUAGCUACCAUCACUGUUGCUUCUUCUCGAAUGACUUCUAAACCUUCUUCAGCCAACGGAAUGCCACCGAGUGCUUUGCUCUGUCCCAUUAAAGUGGAGGAUCUAAGUUUCUAUUCCGCAGAUCAGGACCAACCGCUGGACUUUUCAAACAAAAACCGGGGGAGCAACAACGCUGGAAACAUCAGUGAUUCUUUUAGAAUCAAAGUAGAGUCUGCCACCUAUGAGGAUUCCAUGGAGCCCAUCGAUCUCUCUAUUCCCAAGAAACCGAUUAAAAAGAUAAAGAUAAAUACUGAUGCAAUUUUGCAAAGAGAAGUUAAAAAGGAACAGACCUACCUUAACAUAAUGGAUCACACACCUGCCCCAGGCGUACAUAUCGAUAGAGCCAUUGAUGAGAAACCACAGCAGCUUGGGUGCUACCAGCUUCCCACUGCCUUGACCACUGUAGGUCCAACAAGAGCAGCAGGUAGUGCCUUGCGUCUAAAGCCCCUGCUACCUAAACCAAGUAAUGCAGGUGUAAAGGAGCUCCCACCCUUGGCCUCUAUUGCCCAGAUUAUAUCAUCUGUCUCUGGUGCUCCAGACCUCCUGAAACGAGACAGCCCUAAUGGCUGUUCUGAUUCUGUCUCGGAUGCCUCAGCUGAGGAGCUUCACCAAGAGGGAUCCAAAAGGAGAAGCAAUAAAAAGCAAGCCAUCAUUAAAGCUCGGGAAAAGCCUGCCAUGAAUUCAACAGACCCUAGUGUUGACCUUGAGUCCAGUGGAGAAUUUGCCAGUGUGGAGAAGAUGCUGGCCACCAGUAAUGCCAAUAAAUUUAGCACCUAUUUAAAAACCAACAUAAUGGAGCUAGAAAGGAAAGAAGAAGAAGAGUCAUGCAAUGGGGACAAGAAGGAAGCAAAUGAUGAAAAAGACAUGCAGGCCAAGCAGACCUCACCUCCCCUUCAGUCCAAAGGGAAGAAGAAUGCAUAUUCAAACUCUGUGCAAAAAAUGACUUGCCCAUUCUGUCCCAGAGUCUUUCCAUGGGCCAGCUCACUCCAGCGCCACAUGCUGACGCACACAGGUCAAAAACCGUACCCUUGUCCCAAAUGUGAAGCCCUGUUCUCAACCAAGUCGAACUGUGAGCGCCAUCUUUUGCGCAAGCACGGUGUAACCAACAGAAAUCUUCGGCAAAAUGGUUCCCUACCUAAAUCCAAGGAUUCGGAGGAGUGCUCACCAGAGAGUGCAGAGAGCAUGUCUGAAACGGAGCUCCCUAGUGGCGAGGCAAUGGAGCUGACAAUUUGUGGACCUGAAAAGCCCACAGCAUCGGAUGCUGAGAAACCCUCCCCAGCCAAGCCUACAGAGGCAGCUGCAGUAAAGACUCUCCUCCACCAGGGGGAGCCAGAACACCAAGACGUACACGAGUCAUUAAAGAGAAGAAGCACUGUAAAUGACGACGACACUUACAGCAAUAAGAGCCUGGACCUGAACUUUGCCAGCAAAUUAAUUGACUUUACAUUCUCAGAGGGUGAACAACAGAGGUCCUCUCCUGCUUUAGAGAGCGAUUCACAUGAACAAGAAGAGUCCAAGCUGACCUGCAAGAGCUGCAACAAGAGCUUCAGAUACGCUGCCACUCUGGCACGACAUGAAAAAGUUCACAUAAUAGAAAGUGUAGUUGACACCACUAGCAUGGACCUCAAGGUAGACGACACAGCAGAGUCUUGUGAACUGAAAGAGGAUGAUGUAGAAAAUGAGGUGGAGAAGGUGGAGCGAAAUGGGAUAGCCGAAUGUGAAGAAGCAGGCAGUGCGAUGGACAGUGGCUCUGAGGAGGACCGGGAGGAAAGGAGCGAUGAAGAAGGAGGACCAACAGAACCAAAGAGCGGUGAUGGGAAUGCUGUAUUGUCUAGGAGCAAAUCAGAUAAAAGGAAGAAGAUAUGCGGGGUGUGUGGCAAACGCUUCUGGAGCCUACAGGACCUAACGAGACACAUGCGCUCUCACACAGGCGAACGGCCCUACAAGUGUCAGACCUGUGAACGCACAUUCACCCUGAAACACAGCCUGGUCAGACACCAGCGCAUACACCAGAAGCCCCGUGGAGCAGAUGGAGAAAACGGCAGAGCUGGAGAUGAAGAUGGAUUCAGCGGUGGCUCGGCCAGUGAGCGGGAAUCCACUCCCACCAGCACGAACCCUCCAUCUGAAAACGAGAGUGAAAGCAUUAAGGAGAAAGUGUGCGAGUCUGCCUCAAUCACAAAAAGAAAGACAGAACUUAAUACAGAAGCUUCGGUCACAGAGAAGACACAAUCCACGCCAGCUGCAAAGACACCCAAAGAGCCUCCAGCAGAGGAUCUAGCUUCAGAUUCACCCACAGGGGGGGAGCAACCAGCUGGAUUUCUCCAAGGCCUGCUGGAGAUCCAUUCCAAGCCUGACAUUGAGCGCAUCCUUCCUACCAGUGAGCCUCCUCUCGUCGGGGUGGAGUGAAAGAGUAACCACAGUGCCAUACAUUUAGUAUUUUUGUAGUGCAACAUCUUUUAAACAUCAACAAAAAGACCAUUUACAAGUGCCUUGCUACUUUUGUUUUGCUAUAUCUUUAUCUACUACCAGAUGAUUUAGAUUUUAGAGCAUUUUAUAAAAACCUGGUUUUUUUUUUUUUGAAAUGCCACAUUAAGCAAUACAUAAAUGAACAAUUGAUUAUAAUGAUUUGUAUAUGAUUAAGGGACUAAACAGAGAAUGGUCAUACGAGGCUGCAAAAAGCUGGCACAUGGCUACUAAGACUACUGUGUGACUAUUUGUGCAUAUGAGUUUAACUGGAACAUGUACAACUGCGCUUAUUGUUCAAAGGGCUGUUCAUGGACUCGGGAAACUUUCACUUCCAAUGAUACCAAGUUCUCUAGAUGACCUGAAAUAGCUGAAUGAAUAAAAUCUAUCCUGGCUUUUGUACUACAUAGCAGAGGGCAUGACAAGCUGCAAAGGUUUCAGUCUGGAAGGCAAAGCUGCGCUCUGGGUAAUCCUAUAAGCAGUGUGCAACAACACUCAGCAUAUAAUAUCUGGGCAAUAUUUGCCUAUAAUAGCAUGGUUUCCUUUCCAGCUACACUGACCAUGGUCAGACAUCCUGUUUUAACUUUGGUUUUUGGAAGAAAGUGAAGGACGGAUUUUUUUUUUUUUUAUUGAGGGAAGCACAGUUUUUUGUUUUAUUUUUAUAUAUAUAUAUAAAUAAAGGGCUCAAUAAGAAGGGCUCUAGCUCCAGUAUCACCUACAAAACACAAACAGAUCUCAAGAGAAUGAGAGUUCUGUGUCCAGGUUAAAUGUCUUCCAAAACCCUUUUACUUCAAGCCUUACGCGUUUCUCCAGAGGAUUUAAACAGGCAUCCAAAUGCGAAUUCUUUUGUCAAUACUUGAAAGCUGUCACCCUGCUGCCUCCUGUCUGGCUACGCCACCAGUUCCAGGACCACCAUCAUCCUCCUCCUGAGCAUCUCUCCUAGUAGGAUAUCAGGUCAAUCAUAUGAUCUCACGUGGGGUAAUUAUACCUUUCCUCAGACUUGCAAGUCAACCUCAAAGAGCAGCAACGAACUGGCAAAGUAAUUUUUUUCUUUUUUUUUAAAGACUAGUCCUUUCUGACUGGAUGACACCCUUUUACCACAGUCUCCUCUGGUGUUUUACCAGAAACAAAGACCUUUUGAAUUAGUUGUUCGAGUUCUAUGAAACAGAGUAUUAAUAAGCGAGCAUUUCUAUAACAGGUGAUGAGCAAUCUGGUAUUGGACGACAUAUUUCCUCACCGCAGUGGCCACUGGCACAAGACUAGUGUUGGAUGAACUUGAAUGAAAAAUGCAAUCUCUUACUCAGUCUGUGUAUUGUUUUCUGAGACUCUGAUUUUUCCUAAUGCCUUUUCCUGGGUUGCUACGUGUGAGUGUGUUGCGUUUGUAUCCAUGUGCGUGUAUAUAUUCCUGUUUCGAAUGCACACGGACUGUUUUAAAUGUAUUUAUUGUAGCCCAGUGUGGGUGAAGAAGUAAAAAUAUGGAGAAGCCAUGUAUUAUGCUGCAGAGAGAAAUAUUUCCGAUUCAAUACUUUAGUUGCCCAGCUGAUCUGGGACUUUCCCCCACCCCCCUUCUAGCAAUAAUCACUAUCGAUCCAAAGGCUUUAUUUAGAUGUUUUUAUGUUUUAUAGACUAUGUGGUCUAUUUUGUCUCAUUUUUUUUUUUUUUUUGGGUUAUCAUUAUAUCACUAUUAUAUAAGUUUGGAUGAAAUAUGAGUUGUUUUUUUCCCUUUGAUAUACAAGGCAUAUAAAACUGUGAAAUCUAUUGUUUUUUUUUCCUGUUAUGGGUAAAUCUUUAGGGUAGUUUUGCAUGUUAACCUUUUUAUGUUCUAUUAAAUGGGUUUUUUUCUUUCCUUCCUUCUUACACUGUCUUGCUCUCAGGGUUUUUACAUGAUGCUUAUUUGAAAUGUACCUUCCUGAGUUGCAAAUAUUCUCCCCAACUCUUGAUUUUGGAACAAGUUGAACUGUCAAUCACUACUUCUAGCACUUGACUGUGAAUUAAACCGAGUGGGGUGGAUAUACUAAAAUCCAUGUACACCCACAUUCCUUUCAUCACUUUGCUUUUUUUUUCUGUGUUGUUCAUUUCCUCCUGGUUCCUUCAUGCCUGUUUUUUCCUUCUCAUAUGGCAAAAACUAGAAAAAUGUACAGUCUUGCCGCCUGGCUCUGAUUGAUGUUAAAGGGAGCUUCACGUCGCUGCUACACACAAAAAGUAAUUCUACUGGACUUGAACAGAACCAGAAUCAUCGAUAGUAUUUUGGUACACUACUCCUGCUUUUCACAUGAGUGCUUUGAAAUCAGAAAUUUAAGCUGUUCUGUAUCAAACCUUUAAAGCAAUAAAAUUGUAUUAAUGCAAAA